AUGAUGGAGCAGCAGUGGCACGACAUCCUCCUCCACAAUGACGCCGGAGAUGCGGCCUUUCACAAGGGCGCGCCACUAUUGCUAGAGGCGCUGCAGAUCAUCGGCGACGUGCAGUCCAUCUCUGCGGCGACGCGACUGGGGCUGCACUUGCGCGACGCAGAACAAAAUAGCGAGAUGGAUCAGCUCGUCUCCACCUUCACUGACAAGCACAUGUACCGAGAGCGCGCCGCGCAUGCGACGGCAGCAGCGCCGCUCUUGAAAGCGUUGGUAGACUUCUUCCAGGUCUGUACACCCGUCUCCGAAGCAGCAGCAGCUGUGACGCCAUCUUUAGUCGCCGUUCCGGAGCUGGACGGCUUGCUCGUCCCUUCGGCUGUCUGGAGAGCCCUAUCCCAGACGGUAGCCGUGCCUCCGCAACCGCAGCCGCACUCCGCCCCGCCAGCCGAGGUCGCUACCUCUCCGUCCUCGGGCGACGCCGUCAUCCCGCUAGCGAGCGAGCUUCGCUCGCAUCCGCUGUUCAGCUACAAAGCCUUCCUCGUCCGCCUCGACCGUCUCAGUGGCCUCAUCAGCGACGGUGAAGUCUUCAGCGCAUGCGAGCCGCGAAUCAAGGUGCUGCAGAGCCGCUUCAGCCUCUACCGCGCCUACAACGGCGGUCGCGAGGACGAGUACCACCCCACCUUUGGCGGCGGCGACAUCAAGCGCGCGCCCAAGUGCGACCUGCGCCGCGUCGAGACGUGCGUGAGCGCCGCAUCGGUGGUUCAGUUCAUCGAAGAGCUGCGCCGGGAUCGGCCAAGCUACCCGCUGUACACCGAAGACACCAUCGGUGAGGCGCACGCGAAAGGAGCGGCACCUGGCGACAGUGACAGCAGCACUGCGUCGGACACAGUGUCGCGCAUCUCCGUCGAGGAGGCGGUGCGGCGCUUCUUUGGCAGUGGCGUGGCCAUGUCGGAGCGAGUGCUGACGGAGGAGGGGCUCUGCCUGCGCCCGAGCUACGCCGCUGACUCUGAGGACCGAUGGCUUAGCCUGCAGCAGCUCGCAGACUCGGGUGAUAAUACCCGUGCUGUUCAUGCGAGUCGGCUUCUCCGGCCCGUGCUGAGCACUUCUGGCGGUGCCGAUGGAGAGGGAGAGCUGCUGGCGCGUCUCCUGCAGCCAAUUCUCGCGCGUGUCCUCACCUCCGGCACGUGUUACGAUCGGCUGGAGCUGGAGCUGACCGUGUCCGGCAAGGAUGUGGAAGAGCUACCACGGCUGGCACGGUGGUGCGCAACGAGUGGGCUGCUGGAGUCGUGUCCGGGUCUGUUCUUCCGAUUUCAUGUGGUGCAAGAUGUCUACAGCGCCGGCACGGAGGGAGUGCCGCAGCAACGAGGGCACCAUCAGCAGCAUGCCACGGUAGCGGAGGGCCAUGGUCCUUCAUCUGCAUCCUCCUCUCGCGCGUCGCGGUCGCUCUUCUUUGGGGAUGUCCUGCACAACAUCUUCAGCCCCAUCUGGGAGGCCUACCUCGCUGCUGCUGGAGCAGUAGGCAGCGGCACAGACGCUCCUCCACCCUCUACGGAGCGCCGCGUGGCAGAGAUGCAGUCGCUGUUGCGCCGGACAACGGGCUUCUCGGUAAGCCUCACCAACGCCGCCGCGGUUCAGGAGAUGCCGCCGACUAGCAGCCCAAGCUGUCAGUUCCCGCUGCCGGGCAGCAACAGCAGCGGCUCAGAGCACGCCACGGCUGCCACAUCGCUAACCCCUCCGGACGCCUUCUUUGUGUAUCACGUCUGGCGCAAUGUGCAGCUCGUGAACGUGUUUUUGUUCGCCUCCGGUGAGCAAGAGAAGCCGUCAACCGCUGCCACGCGCGAGGCGGCGGCGGCAGCGGCGAAGCCGGCUUGGGACACCCGACCCGCCUUCACGUUCACUCUCCACGGCGGCGCCAACAGCCGCACUCUCUUUGGCGAGAGUGUUCUCGGCCUCCUGCUCGCCGACGCGGUUGUGAAUCCGUCCACGGCGUUCGAGUGGAGCCCUCUCACGUACCUGUUCAUGCUCUCCCAGCGCCACAUUAUUCUCACCCCAUCACGCAACCGCUGCAGCAGCGCCGCGGUCAAGCACACGCUCAACACAACAGCCGUUCCGCUUGCGGUGCAGGCCGGCUUGCACGUCAGCGUCGCCACGCUCGACCCCCUCUUUUACGACACAACGAACGACGCGCUGGGCGAGGAGCUGAAAGAGCUGGCAAAGCAGCGCGGGCUAGCAAACGCCGAUGUAACGGAGAUGUGCCUGCGCUCCCUCGAGGCGAGCAGCGGGUGCUUUACGCGGGUAGAGCAGCGGCAUCUCUUCGGGUACGCCUGGCCGCACGCACAGGCGCGAUACAGCCAGUUCUCUGCCACCCAAGUGAGCCCCCUGCGGCUGCACCACCGCGCCUGUGCGCUGGAGCACGAGCUCGACGUGCUCUUUGCCGCGGUGCGUAAGGGCAGCAGCAGCGGCAGCAGCGCGACGACGACGACGACGACAGCACGGCUGCGGGCGGUGUGCAGCAGGAGUGACGAGGCGCGCCUCCGUGCUGUUUUAUUUCUGCCGUCUGCCGCCGACGAUGGCAGCGACCCUUCCGCCACUGUGUACCGCCGCGCCGCCAGCGCCAGCACCCGUGCGCUGGAGCUCGAGCACGACCCGGCUCUCCUUGUGCGCCUGCCCAGCUACCAGGCGCAUGAGGCCGUUAUGCAGUACCCGCGCAUCCUUAUCUCUGGACCCGACCGGGUGGGGCCCAGCGCAGCAGCGAAGCGCUUGAUGGCGGCCAUGGCAACGCGAGAGGCCUACCAGCAGUUCGUCAUCCGUCCUGAGUAUGUGCAGCGCAUGCAGACGCCAAGCCCCUACGGACCCGACAAGAAGAAGGGCAGCCAGUGCAACUCGACGGAGGCGUUGGUGCUGAAGUGGCGCGACGGUGUGCUGAACGUGGAAGAGAAGCAGCCAAAGCAGCACAACAGCCGCGUCGGCAGUGUGUCUGCGUCGUCUCCGUCAGCGUUGCCGACGUGGGCGCAGUUCCAGAAGGACACACGCAUGCUGCGCCGCCUCGCCAGUGCCGACCCCACCGUCGCCAAGUACGCCAGUAAACGGCUUGACAUGCUCGAGUCCAAGUACAGGCUGCACGCGGCGCUGACGAACGAUGACGAGGAGGACUACACAAUCACAACGGCGACAGCAACCGCGGCUGAGAACGCGGAGGGGGACAGCACCGAGGCACGCGCGCGGGCUGCCCCCACGUCACGCCGCUGUGUGGUGCAGCCGGCGUGCGGUGACGCACACAACUGCGUCAAGGUGGACGUGCACUGCCACAUGGCGAGCGGCAUGACGGCGAAGUCGCUGCUGCAGUUUAUGCAGCGCAAAAUCCGCGACCACCCGGACGACGUCGUCGGCGUGGAUUCCAAGACUGGUGCCCCGAUCACCCUCGUGGAGUUCUUCGAUGAGGUUCUGGGGGAGCAGCUGAAGCCGAAACCGUCGGCAGUUGCUCAGGGGGACAACAGCACCGCCGUGCGCCGCGCCGCGCCGGUCUUUGCCGCGGAAGGCGACGAGGUUGUGGCGGCGGCCAGCGCGAAGGCGGCGCGGGUGGCGCACCUGCUUGCCGGCAUGCCCGUUGCCGCGCUGCAGGUGCACGCCGGCAAGGCCACGUUCCACCGCUUCGACCGCUUCAACCACCGCUUCAGUCCGAUGGGCAUGACCUCCCUGCGCUCCCUCUUUCUUAAGACGGAGAACUUCAUGCAAGGGCGCUACUUCGCCGAGCUCAUCCGUAUCGCCUUCAAGCAGAACGAGCUGGAAGGCGGCACCUUCACCGAGAACCGGCUGUCCAUCUACGGCCGGCACAAGGACGAGUGGGACCGGCUGUCGCGCUGGCUUGUGUUUCACGGCUUGUCGCAUCGCACGAACAGUUGGAUGAUCCAGGUACCGCGUCUGUUCCACCUGUACCAACGCAGUGGCCAGCUCCGCAGCUUCCAGGAGAUGCUCACCAACAUAUUCGAGCCGCUGUGGCACGCGUCUCUGCACCCCGACAAGUACCCGUACCUGCACUUCUUCCUCAGUCACGUCUCCGGCUUUGACAGCGUCGAUAACGAGAGCGAUCGGGAGCCGGACCAGACGAUCGACAUCCCUCCUGCGCAGUGGACGAGCGCCGAGAACCCGCCCUUCGCGUACUACAUGUUCUACAUGUGGAUCAACAUCACGACAUUGAAUCUCUACCGCGCCGCGCGCGGGUUCAACACGUUCCAAUUCCGCCCCCACGCUGGUGAGAGCGGCGACCCGGACCACAUGGCGGACGUGUUCCUGCUGGCGGACGGCAUCGGUCACGGCAUCAACCUCGACAAGCGGCCAGUAAUGCAAUACCUCUACUACCUGACGCAGAUCCCGCUCGCCAUCACGCCCAUGUCGAACAACACACUUUUCUGCCGUUACAAGGACCACCCGCUGCCCAACUUCCUGUAUCGCGGUCUGCACGUGGCCAUCGGCACCGACUGCCCCCUCAUCUUUCACCGCACGGAGCAGCCGCUGCUCGAGGAGUACGGCACCGCGGAGGCGCUGUGGAACCUGUCGGCUGCAGAUAUUUGUGAGCUCGCCGCGAACAGCGUGCGCGCCUCGGGCUUCCCGGCCUCGCGCAAGAGGGAGUGGCUGGGCCCACUCUACCACCUGCGCAGCGUGGCGGGCAACGACGUGGCGCGGUCGCACGUGCCGCAGACGCGGUGCGCCUUCCGCUACGAGGCGUACAUGGAGGAGGUGACCUAUCUGCAGAACCGCGCCGCGCGCGAGAUGUCGUGCCGCGCGAUGCGCACACCACUGGAGGAGGAGGUGGACAUCAUGGACGCCGUCGGCAUCUCUCGCGGCGAGCUGCUGGAGCGGCGCUGGAAUGGGGCCGAGAUUAAGGAGAAGCAACGCUGUCGGCCGUUGGUGCUUGCCGGCGUGGAUGAACGUCCAGCACGCGUCGCGAAGACUCAUGACGCCUCCCACUUAUAA